AUGGCGCCUGCAGCGACAGCAGCGGGAGCAGCAGCAGCAGCGCCUGCUGCAGCAGCAGCAGCAGCAGGGCUGCCGCGGAGUCUGCUGCGGCGGCUGGAAGUGCUGCAGUGCCCGCUGCCUUCAGGUGUACAUACACCUCAGUUCGAGAACUUAGUCCUCUGGCUCGAAGAGACGCAAAUCCGCUGCUUGCCUCGGCAGCAAAGACAGGAGAAGCUGCGCAGCAAAGGCAGCAGCUGGUGGCGGGCCUUCCUCCAGGUGUUUGUCUUGUGGAUUUUCUCAGAGGGCACGCUGAAGGGUGUGGACCCAAGCGAAGCACAGCAGCAGCUGGAAAAAGAGCAGCAGCAGCAAGAGCAGCAGCAGCAGCAGCAGCGUGCUGCUGCAGCAGAGGCAGCCAAACUGAUGCGCGCCCCUCUCGCUGAUGCCCUCAGCUGCAUGCAGCUGCCGCCAUUGCCUUCCGAUGCUUCCCCUGAAGAGACGCUUGCUGCGCUCCAGGCAGUAGAAGCAGGCAUUGCUGCUGAGACCAGGGCCCCUGCGCGGGAGGGAAGCUACACAACAGCAGAGGCUCGGCAGCUGCUGCUGCAGCUGCCGCUGCUGGUGGGGCCCCCCAGUGGGGGCUCUGGGGGCCCCCAGAGGGGCCCCUUUGAGAACCAGUUUGCUGCUGCUGCGCGGCUGCUGCAGCUGCAGCAGCUGCAGCAGACACAAGACAGCGUCAAUGAGGCCCUCGAGCGCAUGCAGCUGCUCACUGCAGACCCCAAGACAGACCACCGCCUGGCCAAGGUUGGCUUCUAG